CCCUGGACCCCUAACCCUGUUCCCAGGACGACCACCAUGCAGCGCUAGGCAGUGGAGUCUGGACCGCACCGAUAACCACAGGCAGGGGAGCCCUCCUCCUCCUCCUCCUCCUCCUCCUCCUCCUCCUCAUGAUGAAGCCCAGCGAUGCGCGCCUCCUGGAGCUGCUGGGCACCCUGCUCUCCAGCGCCUGGCUGCUCAGCAUGGCCACCACCUUCACCUCCACCUGGCUGACCCUCUCCACCGAGCUGCUGCCCAGCGAGAGCUACCAGCUGGGGCUGUGGGAGACGUGCGUGGUGCAGGACCUCGGGGUGCAGGAGUGCCGCCCCUACGACAGCCUGCUGGGGCUGCCCCCCGACAUCAAGCUGGCCCGCAUCCUGAUGUGCGUGGCUCUGGGCACGGGCCUGCUGGGAGCCCUGCUGGCCGUCCCCGGGACCCACGCCGUGCGGGCCUGCGACCCCCGCCUGGAGGACCCGGAGGUGAAGAGGGUGAUGAAGAGGGUGGGCGGCGCGCUGUGCCUGGCCACGGGGGUGCUGGGUCUGCUGCCCGUGUCCCACGUGGCCCACCUCACCGUGGUGCGCUUCUUCGACCCCGGGGUGCCCGCGCUGGUCCCGCGCUGGGAGUUCGGCAGCGCUCUGUUUCUGGGCUGGACGGCGGGGGUGGUGCACCUGGCCGCGGGGGGGCUGCUGCUGGCCUCCGCCCGCCGGGGCCGCCCGGGCCCCCGAGACACACCCAUCCCUCUGGCCGGGGUGCGGUCGCAGGACAGGGGGCCCCGGACGAGAGACGAGUCUGUUUGAGGACGGGUGGGGUCGCCUCUUCACGGGACGGGGGGGCCCAGGACUAGGGAUGAAUAUGUCACGGAGGGAAGGGCUGCUCCCCAGGUCGUCGCUGUGAGGAGAGAGUUAGUAGCCCCAGGUACUGUGCCAUACUGCUGCUUUGAGGAUCGCAGGUUCAAUCAGAGGACGGGAGGCAGCAAAGACAUCUGGGAGACAUCUGAGAGACAUCUCAGAUGUCUUAAAGACAUCUCAGAGACAUCUGAGGGACAUCUGAAAGACAUCUCAGAGACAUCUCAGACAUCAUUAAGACAUCUUAGAAACAUCAGAGAGAUCUCAGACAUCUUAAAGACAUCUCAGAGACACCUUAAAGACACCUCAAAGCUAUCUGGAAGACAUCUCAAACAUAUCAGAGACACCUUAAAGACACCUCAAAGCUAUCUGAAAGACAUCUUAAAGAUCUCAGAGAUCUCGGACUCAUCAACGGGACAAUGGAGGGAAGGGAUUAAGGUGAUGUCUACCUGCGUUUGUAGCUUUUAUAAUGUUGUGCUAUAUUGAGUCCAUGUGCAAUAAGUUACUUAAUAUAAGUUAAUAAGUUAAGGAUGAGGUGAAAUGUACAUUUCAUUGGAUUUCAAAAUUUGAGGUUUAAUUGUUUAAAACACAACUGCACAUAGUUGGUGUCUGAAGAGAUAUCCUGCGUAGACUUUAAAACAGGAAUAAUGCUAUGCAGUAUUUAUCUGAAUCUUGCAAAAAAACAUAUUUAGUGCUCAGUU